AUUGUUACCUGCUUCAGAUACCCUGAAGCUCCAUAGACAAAUCUCGGAAUAGAUCCACCACCUCAACACUUAUACCUGAUCAUAACUCAUGUCAACACAGUCAAUCCGUGUUACAUCUCAAGAAUCUCAAUAGACCAAUCCACCCACAAGGGUAGAAUCGACUUCAAGAGAUCAUGUCAAACAAGAGUGUCUCACUCGAGGCACACGCUCAACGGACUAAGCGAGUAGCAUCUCAAGUCCGCUCGUUCUACGACAGAAAGGAACCCUUCCGGAUAUUCCAUGGCAGUACUAGCAGCACAAGACGCCAGGAGCAGGACCGCAGUAAAAUGGUAUCAACCAGCGACUUCACCGAGAUUCUGAAGAUCGACCCAGAAAAGCGCAUUGCUGUUGUCGAGCCAAAUGUCUCUAUGGAGAAGCUUGUCGAUGCCACAUUACAGUAUGGCCUAGUUGCACCUGUCAUUAUGGAGUUCAAAGAAAUCACUGUUGGUGGUGGAUUCAGUGGUACUUCUGGCGAGAGCAGCUCUUUUCGACAUGGUGUUUUCGAUAAUAUCGUAAAUAGUAUCGAGAUUGUGCUGGGAGACGGAGAGAUUGUGCAAGCUUCCCGCACGGAGAACUCGGACUUGUUCCACGGAGCUGCAGGUUCAUUUGGCACUCUCGGAGUGGUUACACAGAUCGAAGUCCAACUAGUGGAGGCUGGCAACUUCAUGGAACUGGAGUACCACUCUGUGUCGAGUGCUCCAGACGCCGUGAAAGUCAUCGAGCAUUACACCGCCAACGAGGACGUUCAAUAUCUGGACGGUAUCAUGUUCUCCAAGACCAGCGGAGUGAUCAUCGCAGGUCGAAUGGCCAGCAAACCAUCUCCAAGAUGCAAAAUCACAAAGUAUCUUUCACGAUCAGAUCCCUGGUUCUACGUCCGAGCCCAAGAAAUCCUCAACCACGACAUCCCGGCCUCGAGCACCAAGACCUUCACCGAAUGUGUACCCAUCAAAGACUACCUCUUCCGUUUCGACAGAGGAGCCUUCUGGGGCGGCUACUACGCCUUCAAGUAUCACUUCGCUCCCUUCAAUAAACUGACCCGCUACCUCCUCGACGACCUCAUCCACACAAAAACAAUGUACUCCGCUCUCCACAAAUCCGGUCUCGCAAACGAAUUUAUCGUCCAAGAUAUCGGGUUCCCAUACUCCACAACACCAGACUUCAUCGAUUACCUAGAUGAAAGCUUCAACCUCUACCCUCUCUGGUUAUGCCCACUGAAACUCAAUGCGCCUUACCCUCUAAUGCCAAAAGGAAAACACUACUCCCAAGACACCGUCCGCGUCAUAAACAUAGGAGUAUGGGGACCAGGCCCCCGCAACCACACCUCCUUCACCGCCGCAAACCGCGCCAUAGAAGCCAAAACCGCAGCCCUCGACGGUCUAAAAUGUCUCUACGCCCACGCUUUCUACACCUCUUCCGAAUUCUGGUCCUUGUACGAUAAACCCCACUACGACACCCUGCGCCAAAAAUACCACGCUGAAAUUUUACCUUCUGUAUUUGACAAGGUGACGAAAAAUGGCAUGGAUGGGGAAGAAGGGGGUGUAUUUGAGAGGUUGAAGAAUGUUAGGCCUGUAAGGGGGAUUUAUGGUGCGCUUUGUGUGUUUUGGAGUGGGGGGUUGCCGUUUGCGUGGGUGCAUCAGGGAUUGAGUGUUGUUUUGUCGCCGUUGCUGUUAUUUAUUUUUGUUAGUGCGUGGAUUGUGUCGUUUGCAAAGGAUAUUUUGGGGUUGAGACAGAGAAUUGGAAAGGUGCAUGUUGAGUAGAAAGGUUUUGGUUGGGUGAUUUUUAAAAAAAAAAAAGAAAGAAAAAAAAAGAAGGAUGUCUAUACCCAAAAACACAACCUUCAAGAUAUGUCAUCACAUGACUCUCACAAUUCAACUUAGCUUUCCAU